CCGCGGGCCCGCCCGCAGGUUCCAAUGGCCGAGGCGGCGCAGGGCCUGGUGACGUUUGAGGAUGUGGCUGUGUAUUUCUCCCGGGAGGAGUGGGGACUCCUUAGUGUGACCCAGAAGAGCCUAUACCGUGAUGUGAUGCUGGAGAACUUCGCACUCAUUAGCUCCCUGGGUUGUCUGUGUAGAACAGAGGAUGAGGAAGCUCCUCCCAAGCAAGUGAAGAGCUGCAAAGUUCACCUCUCAGAGAAGCUUUUUAUGUGUGGAGAAUCUGAGGGUAUCCCAGCUACCUUAGGCCUCAUCCAACACCAGGACACCCACAGCAAGAGGAAGCCAAGCAGGAGCACUGAGCAUGGGGCGGCCUUCCCACCCAGGUCUAGUCAUGGUCAGCAGCAGGGAGCCCAUGCUGCACAGAAGCCCUUCAAGUGCAGUGACUGCGGGAAGGUCUUCCUGAAGGCCUUUGCUCUCCUUGACCACCUGAUAACUCACUCUGGAGAGAGAACCUUCAGAUGCCCAACAGGCGGAAGUGCCUUCAAGGAGAAAUCAGCUCGUAUUAAUCACCAGAAAAUUCACACUGGAGAAACAUCUCAUGUGUGCGACGAGUGUGGCAAGGCCUUCAGUUACCCGUCUAAACUGAGGAAGCACCAAAAGGUUCACACAGGCAUAAAACCUUUCAAGUGUAGUGAAUGUGGGAAAACUUUCAACCGCAAAGAUGCGCUUGUUCUGCACCAGAGGAUUCACACCGGAGAAAGGCCCUAUGAGUGCAGCAAAUGCGGGAAAGCCUUCAGUGUUCUGUCCACCCUCAUUCGGCACCGGAAAGUUCAUAUUGGAGAAAGGCCCUAUGAGUGCACGGAAUGUGGCAAGUUCUUUAAAUACAAUCAUAGUUUCAUUCUUCACCAGAGAGUUCACACUGGAGAAAGGCCUUUUGAGUGCAAGCAAUGUGGGAAGACCUACGUGACCCAUUCUGGCCUCUAUCAGCACUGGAAAGUUCACACUGGAGAACGGCCCUAUGAGUGCAGCCUGUGUGGGAAAACCUUCACUACCAGGUCCUACCGCAACCGGCACCAGCAAUUCCACACUGAAGAGAGGUCCUACGAAUGUACAGAAUGCGGAAAAGCCUUCAAACACAGUUCUACCCUCCUUCAGCACAAGAAAGUCCAUGCUGGAGAGAGGCCUUAGGCGUUCAGGGUAUGUGGGAAAGCCUUUAGCCACUAGCACCUUGUUCCUCACAGAAGGUCUCAUUCCCGAAAGGAGAUGGAGGAGAGUGGCCCUCUGUGAAAGGACCAUCUGAAAGAAGCUAAACCUUGUUCGUCCCAGCAUCUACCCUGGGAAGAGUCCCUGUGUGUGCCAGACAUGUGGGAAGCUUUCAGGAGACGUGUACUCUGACCUGCCCAGGGCUGUUGGCAGUGUUGUGUCACUACCAGUUUGUGACAUAGGCCAUCCCACCUCUCCCACUGGCAGGUCCCCACAGUGUGCAUCUGUCAGCCCAGCAAGUUCAGGGACAGAGAAAAUUAUGAAUGGUGGAGCCCCUAACAGGCCUCGUUCUCUCCCUCCCUGCCCCCGACUGGUUUAGGUGUGGACAUGACCCAGCUCUGGCCAGGAGGAGGUGAGCCAGUGUCUGCUGGGGGAUUCCUGGGAAGGUUUACCUUUCUCACGGACACUACACAUGGUACUUGUCAGGCCCUAGCAGGCUGCCUCUUACUGCUCUGGACUGUGUGGUAGUGAAGGCUUUACUGUUCAAGUCACGUCUAAUAUUGGUGGUUCUGAUACCUGUGUGUGGAGAGAUUGAGAACAGAAUUGGGCACUGUCACCAUGAAUAGAGGGAAUGGCUUUUGUGUGGGUGGGUCCCUGACUUUUUUCUGCCUCAGUGGGUACAGCAGGAUGGCAGAGGACAGCUGUAGGAAACGUUGGCCUAAUUUGCAUUGGUCCGUGAGUCCUCCAGGGAAAGACUCGUGGUCUGGAUGUCAGGUUUGUUUGUGGGUCCAGAGCUCACCUUGAAGGAGAAGGGAGUUGGUGUGAGAUGUUCUGUGUGUCUAGGGACAGCAAAAGUUGGGUCCUUUGUUCCCAGGGAAUGUUCCAGAACCUCCAGCAUUGGUCAGAAGGUGUUUUCAGAAUCAGCUCAGAAGCCAUGUCCUCUGAAAUCUAGAACAUGGAGGUAAGUUCUAGACUGUAAGACCUACAGGACCUGUUGGGCAGAAUAAGUAAGUGGACACAGAAAUAGGGAGAGAGGUAGUAUGGAGCGGGGGUCUGGUGAACUAGAGGGCUUGAGCCCAUUCGAAAGAGGCAUCCACAAAUGUUCCAGCAGCUGUAGUUUCAUGGGGUGAGGAUUCCAAAAUGAGUCAGGAAUUACAGACCUGUUAUUUGUGACAACGUCAUUGUCAGCUAAUAAUCUCCGUGUUUUCUGGAUUCUCGUAUCCUCCCUGUGCUGCUCACCUCAUGGCCAUCAUCCUGGGACUGAGAGAAAGAAGAUCCUGAAAUCCUAGGGUGUGCCUCUGUGACCCAGCCAGUGCUCCUGGUGUCUCUGGGUGCCGUGGCCUUUGUUGUCCAGUUUUUGCUGCCACAGUGGCCAGGCUCUCCCUCCGGGACUCAAGGGAGAGAGCUGGGGGAUCAAUAUGUGGAUCCAGAUCUGGUUUGUGGGACCUCUUGAUAUUAAAAAUUUUGGAAAAAAUUUCCCCAAAAGGUAAAUAAAACGUCAGUUCAGCAAAACAUGUAUAUUGGAUGUAGCUGUGUCCCUGGUCCAAAAAUU